AUGGCGUCCUGCCUCCUACAGUGGAUGAUGUCGUCACCGCUUUCUUCCCUGGUCGGGUCAACAUCUGACUGGUCGACGAAUCAAGAACUGUCUGUCGCCGGGCGCGACCAUGAUUGCACACUCGAAGUAGGAGGUGGACAACUUUCGACAGCACACAACCUUCAUGUGAGACAAACAUCAAGUAGAAGUAGGGCUCCUACAUCCUUUUCCGUUGCCCAUUUGCUCGGCCGGACGGAUCACGGGGCCGCUUGUCGGUGCGCGCCCGGGAGUGUGGUAACGGCUGACGAGGCGGGCGGCACUAGCGCACAGACCGAGGGCAGUUUCUUCGCCAAAAUGAGCGACGAGGCCAGCGAUCUGGCAGACCAGAAAUUCCAGCUGUGGCGGGAUACGGUGCGGCAGUACGACCAGGCCUACAUCAAGUUGCAACGAACCAUCGCAAAGUUCCAGGCCGCGCGUGACCUUGUCCAGUUGAGCCGGAAAAACUCCGAACAGGUGCACGCCCAGUUUUGCCAGCCUGCUGUGGCGAAGUUCGGGAAGAAAGGCUUUUCCUGCGUGGAAAAUCACGACACAGUCCGAAAACUGUUUGACGAGGCGAUUGACGACUCCGAAAAGGAGCCCAGGUGCCAGUUCGGGGCGGUAGAACCGCUGAGAAAUCCCAUCAGCAAGAACGAGUUCCUGUGA